CCAAAAUCAAACCCCAGCUCUUAAAAGGGACACACCUUGAAAUUUUGUGUCUAUUUUCUUUGCAAGCUCCCAAAGGCCAAAAAACCAAAUUACAAACAUAAAACACAACCUUAAACUUAAAUCCAACUGAAUCUCAAACUCCAUAACACACAGAAAUAAAAACAAAAAAUAGGAAUUGCAACAAGAAGAAGAAAUAGCUGCAAAAAAGUCAAUAUCACCCUUUCCCAAAACACUUGAAACCCAAGAUUUCAUUUACAACAUAUACAAAACUGUAUUCCAAGAAACCCCAAAUUCUUAAAUGAUCUCAGUAUAAACCCCACAUGUUAGAAUUGUAGAUAAGAAGAGAAAAAAGGGGUUUUUUUUUUUUUUUUUUUUUCAAGAAUGAUGAAUUCUGUUGUUAGUAAUAAUAAUAAUUCAAUGUCACCAGGGAAUAACAAUAACACACAAUCACCUGGUUUGAAGACAUAUUUCAAGACUCCAGAAGGAAGGUAUAAGCUUCAAUAUGAAAAGACUCAUCCUCCUGGUCUUCUUCAUUAUGCUCAUGGAAAGACUGUUACUCAGGUAACCCUUGCUCAUCUCAAGGAUAAGCCGACGCAGGCGCAGCCCCAUUCAUCAUCAACGUUUGGAGUGAGCAGUGGUGUUAGGUCAGCUGCAGCAAGGUUCUUAGGUGGAAAUGGUAGUAACUCACUUAGUUUUGUUCGAGGAAAUGGUGGAAGUAAGUCUAUUAGUGGCAUGACUGGCAGGGUUGGAUCAUUUGGGGUGUCAAGUUCAAGUAAUUCUGUUGGUAAUUCAAAUUUUGAUGGCAAAGGAACCUAUUUAGUGUUCAAUGUGGGCGAUGCAAUUUUUAUCAGCGACUUGAAUUCUCGAGAUAAGGACCCUAUAAAGUCUAUAACUUUCAGCAAUUCAAACCCCAUUUGCCAUGCAUUUGAUCCGGAUGCAAAGGAAGGACAUGACUUGCUCAUUGGGUUAAAUUCUGGGGACGUUUAUUCAGUGUCUUUACGGCAACAACUACAAGAUGUUGGGAAGAAACUUAUUGGGGCACAGCAUUACAACAAGGAUGGUGCUGUCAACAACAGUCGCUGUACUAGUGUCGCAUGGGUGCCUAACAGUGAUGGGACUUUUGUUGUUGCUCAUGCGGAUGGAAAUUUUUAUGUCUACGAUAAGAGCAAAGAUGGUUCCGCUGAUCCUUCAUUUCCAGUCAUCAAAGAUCAAACUCAAUUUUCUGUCUCCCAUGCACGCUAUAAUAAGAAUCCUGUAGCUAGAUGGCAUAUUUGUCAAGGUUCAAUCAAUAGCAUUUCUAUCUCAAAUGACGGGGCAUUUAUCGCAACUGUAGGGAGAGAUGGUUAUCUGCGAGUAUUUGACUACAAAAAUGAACAGCUUGUAUGUGGUGGGAAAAGCUACUAUGGUGCUCUAUUGUGUUGUGCAUGGAGUAUGGAUGGGAAGUACAUUUUAACUGGUGGAGAAGAUGACCUAGUUCAGGUUUGGAGCAUGGAGGAACGUAAAGUAGUUGCAUGGGGUGAGGGACACAACUCUUGGGUAAGCGGAGUGGCAUUUGAUUCAUAUUGGUCAGCACCAAAUUCAGAUGGCAUGGAUGAAAGUGUUGUCUACCGUUUUGGUUCUGUUGGUCAGGACACACAGUUACUUCUAUGGGAUCUGGAGAUGGAUGAAAUUGUAGUACCAAUGCGCCGUCCUCCUGGUGGGUCCCCAACUUUCAGCACCGGGAGUCAAUCGUCGUCACAUUGGGAUAAUGCUUGCCCAGUGGGUACUUUACAACCUGCUCCAAGCAUGAGAGAUAUUCCAAAAAUUUCACCCUUGGUUACUCAUCGUGUUCAUACUGAACCGCUUUCUGGUUUAAUAUUCACUCAUGAAUCAGUGCUUACUGUUUGCCGGGAAGGACACAUUAAGAUCUGGAUGAGACCGGGGUUUGGUGAAAGCCAAUCAAGCAACUCGGAUUCUUUAUUGAGUACUACUCUAAAGGAGAAGAAGGCUUUUUCUUCGAGUUACAAGCAAUGACAUAACAAGUAUACAACGGGUUGCAAAGUGGAGGAUGCAGUAAAUGGGGGUCCUUUUCGUAAAUACUACCAUUAUUCGCUGCUCUUCGAUUAGUUUGCUCAUUUCUAAUAAGCACAUGAUAUGAGGUUGUACGAUGAGAUUUAACUGACCAAUUGUAUAGCGAACAAUGAAGAUGCUGCUGGGAGCAAGACAAGUUUGGAAGAAAGAACGGUGUGUGCCUAGAUUGUAAGUAUGAAAUGUUGACAAGAAUAUUUAAGUUGAUGGGCUGAAAUAAUUCACGUCGUAUUUGAGAUGUGUAAUUUCUAGUUCCCACACCCUCCUAGAACUCUCCCAGCCCCUCCUUUUUUUUCUUCCUUUUGUUCUUUGUUUCUCUUUCUCUGUAGCCAAUUUUGCCUAGAAACUAAUGGUUGACAUUUGAUUUGCAUCGAAUUUACCUCAUGUUUUGCCAUGUCCAACAUUUUGGCUGUGGCUUUAUGGAGGUGAUAAGCUUAUUGAAGGCAUUUUUUUGCAUG